GGGGGUUAGAAAAAACAAAACAAAAAUGACGCGUUAGCGAUGAAACCGGCCUGGACAACGUAGCUUUGGGAACUCGUUCUGUUUCAUAAUGCGGUCGUUGUAGGGACUAUUUAUCCGCGGCGUCGCGGAAGACGAUCGCACAGGGAGGGGUUGUGAGCUGUUCAAGAUGGCGGCGCCCUGUGGAGUGCAGCUGCUUUAACUGGUAAACAGUGGUGCCUGCAGACUGUGUUGGCAGGCAGCCCAGGGACCAGAGGCUGUGAGUGACGUCUGAGAGCCCCUUGCCCUACGGUGCCUCUCACUGAAAGUCCUGUCCACGCCCCCACGUAGCCAGCAACAACAUGGCCCGAGAACAGCUCAACGUGGGGGACUUGCUCCCUCUUCUUGAGACUUCUGACCUCCAACAGCUGGAUGAAGUCAAAGGUCUCAUCAACGAACACCUCAGUACAGAGCGGGGGUCUGUGCUUCUAAAUGGCUUGGUGGAUUAUUUCCUGGAGACCGAAUCGACCCCUGUCACGCACAUCCUGUGCUCAGUGAGGGAGCCGCAUGAUAAGCAUCUGUUUGAUAAGAUGAACGAGUGCAUGGCCAAGCCGGCGUGUCGCCUGUCCACCCUCACGCUACUGGGGCACGUAGUGCGUAAGCAGCCAUCCUGGAUCCAUAAGAUCGCCCGCUACCCGCUGCUGCUCUCCUUGCUCAGAUGCCUCAAGAUGGACACGGAUGCCGUGGUGCUAAUAACUGCAGUGCUGGUCCUCGUCACUCUGCUGCCCAUGAUCCCACAGGCUGGCAAGCAGCAUCUCUACGAGGUCUUUGACAUCUUUGGUCGCCUGGCUGCCUGGACCCUGAGGAACCCAGGGCACGUUUCGGAGGUUCACGUGAUCCAUCUGCAUGCUGGUGUCUACUCCCUCUUCCACCGCCUCUAUGGCAUGUACCCCUGCAACUUCAUUUCCUACCUGCGCUCGCACUACAGCAUGAAGGAGAACGUGGACACGUUCGAGGAGGUGGUUAAGCCAAUGCUGGAACAUGUCCGAAUACACCCUGAAUUGGUGACUGGAACCAAGGACCAUGAGCUGGACCCAACCAGGUGGAAAAAGUUUGAGAUCCAUGACAUUGUGAUCGAGUGUGCCAAGGUUUCUCUGGAUCCCAGGGAAGCAUCGUGUGAGGCAGGUUACUCUGCCCAGCCUGAGCACUUCUGCGCCCAGAUGCACGUCCGCCCUCCGGACCCCACAGCCAGCCCGUACGCGGACUUCUGCAGCAGCUACGGAAGUGCGUCGUCGGUUCAGUCCUCCACGCCACGGCAGCCUGUCCCUCCUUCCCUGCCCUGGUCCUCUCUCUCAGGGACCCAGCCCGUCUGGCGCAGUCCCUUUCCCACUCGCUGGACGAACUCCAGUUGUGAAUUCAACUCCACCUGUGGGGUCAAGGAUGUUCUCUGGAGCCCGUCCUCCCUUUGUGGCAUGGCCACGCCCCCUUCCUCCAGAGGGAUGUCCCCCAACCCUGAGACUUCCCAGAGUGCCUUUCACUUGUCUGGUCGCCUUCACAGUAUACAAGCAGGUGGUAAGGGGACGCCCUGCUCUGGCACACCUGCAGCCUCCUCUCCACCCCCCAACCUCGCGGACGAGUUGUCCGCUGCCUCUCUGUCCCACAGUGCCACCAGUCUGCCGUACAGGGACGGUCGAACGGUAGACCCCAGCAAACCACCUCUUCUGAGGCAGGAUCCCGUCCGGGAGCUUGAGAAAGCAGGGGGCGAGGUGACCAAUCACAGAGGCGGCGUGGUGGAGCCCGUGCCAAUGACCCUGAAUGAGCUCUCCGUCUACAUGAAGGAGCAGGAGCAGCAGAAGACGGAGAAGGAGGAGGCUGCCCUCAUGGAAGAGCUGGUGACGUUGACGGAGAUGAAGCUGCGCGAUGGGGUGGGGCGCAGCGGCUUCGACUCGCCCUUCUACCGCACCACUGAGACUCUGACGGGGGCCCGGGAGAAGCCGCUGUCUGUCUCCGCCCAUGGCGUCCCGCCGCGAGAUCCCCACACCGCCACCUCCACGCCGGACAAGGCGGAAGCCCGGCCCGGCCGCCGGGCCAUGGGGAGCCGGGGCGGUUCGCAAGAGCAGCCCUGGGCAUUCGAGCCCCUCUUCACUCCCGUCGAACAGUCGGCCCCCGGGGUCCUCCGUCGCAGCCCGUCCACGGACGACGAGGGCCUCCGAUACGGGCCGCCGCUGUCGCCCGGCCCGUGCAGAGCGCCGCCGCUACCCUACGAGGCGCUGUUUGACCUGACCCUGCCCCACGCAGCCUCCGUGUUCGUGCGCCACAGGACCGUGGCGGCGCUGGACAGGGCGGACAGCGAGGGUGGGCAGGGGGCCGAGGCGGGGCAGGGCAGAGGUGCCCAGCGCCCGACGACGUCUGCGUCUCCCCUCGAAGUGCUGGAUCAACUCGUGCAACAGGGCAGCAUGGCGCACGACUGCGUCCUGCAGAGAUCACCUCUACCAAGCAAGUCAGCUGACUGGACUCACUUCGGAGACCUGCAGGCCCUGCGCAGUCAGCUGCUCCUCCUGCAUAACCAGUUGCUCUUUGAACGUUACAAGCGAGAGCAGCACGCCCUGCGCAACCGCCGCCUGCUCCGUCGGAUCAUCAACACCACCGCGCUCCAGGAGCAGAACAACGCCAUGAAGGACCAGCUGAACCUGCAGAGUGUGGACAUUGUGUCUCUGCGAGAGAGUCUUCAGGUGGAGCAGCAGCGCUACAGAGAGCUGUGUGAGGAGAAAGAAGCUGUGGUGUCUCGCCUGCACGCCCAGAUCGGCCAGCUCCAGCAGGACCACGAUGACUAUUGCACCAAAAACCAGGAGCUGGAGAGUAAAUUGCAGGAGUGUCAGAAGAGGAGGAGGGAGACGGAAGCAGAGCUCCAGACAGCCAAUAACGAGGUGUGCCACACGGGGCACCUGUUGAAGCAGCUCACAGCCAAGUUGUCCUCCAGCGAGAGCACCCAGCAGCAGCUGGGCUUUCUGAGCAGGCAGCUGCUGCUGUUGGGGGAGGCCCAUAAACUGUGUGUGCAGGAGCUCCAGCAGUCAGGCCCCGACACCACCAAGGAAGUGGAAAUGCUGAAGGCAUCCGCGACCAAGGAGGUGGAGCAUUUGAAGCUGAGCCUCCUCCUGCAGGGCCAGAAGCUGGAGGCGGCGCAGCAGAGGGCAGCCGAGCUCGAAACGCAGCUCUCCAAGAAGGAGCACCUGAUCGCCGAGCAGAAGCUGUUCCUCGAGGACGUCAAGUGCCAGGCAAAGGAGGAGCUGCAGGCGUCUGAGAGCAGAUACCAGGCCCAGAGGUCACUGACGCAGGCCUUCCACACAGAGCUGCUCCAACUCUACAGCAGGCUGGAGAUGGAGGCUCACACUGCUACUGCAGCCACUUCACCAGCAGGGGGUGCUGCUGAACACCACCACCACACAGAGACCUGUGUGUUGGUGAUGGACGGAUUAGCAAAACCAGUUUCUAAGGAUCAUGGCGAACAGUCUUCACACGGUAACGGCACUCUCUUGCAGCCGGGAAGAGCCAGAGCCAGCCAUCCAAACCCCGAGACCAAGUCCAUCAACGGCAGCCGAGACACCCCACCCCCUGUGUUGGUGGAGCCGCCCCCGCCCCGCCCUCACACCCCGCUGGGGCCGCCCGGCCCCUCGGCGCCCCCCGCGGCACCCCUCACCGUGGGCUCGUACCCGAGUGCAAAGAGCUUUCUGGGCAUGCGGGCACGCGAGCUGUUCCGUAACAAGAGCGAGAGUCAGUGCGACGAGGGCGACGCCCUCCGCCCACAAUUCACCAGCCUGUCCCAGGGCCUGAAGACUGAACUGUGUGUGGAGCCCCCUGUAAAGACAGCACCUGGCCCUGCCCACACACAAGGCCCCGCCCCCAGCACACUAGCUGCGUGCGAUGCCUCACAGAAAGGUGGGAACCAGGGAGGGGCAGGUUUCAGUGGGGCUCCAGCCCCACCCAGACAGCAGCAGUUGCGCAUCAUGGACUACAACGAAAGCCACCUGGACCACAGCUAGAGAAGUACGGAGAAAGAAAUAGAAAAAUAGGUAGGACUUGGUAGCUGGAGAAAGCUGCGAAAUAUCGGACCACGCCGGACUUUUUAUUUUUAUUUUUUAUUAUUUUUCGUUUUAAUUACGGUAUUUUUGUCCUAAUUCCUCACACAGACAACAGGAUUUGGAACUGUCAGGUUGCAUUUCUUGUCCAUGUCCACACCUGUGAAAGCCUUGGGCAUCAUGGGCGGCACACCAAGAGUUGCGCGGCCUCCUUAAUCAGUCCCCUCUUCCUGCUCACAGUACCCCACAACGCUCAUUUCUUUGCUCACGCCUGCUAAAGCAGCCGUACGCAUUGAACCCUUCAGUAAGGUCUCUGAGUGAGUAUUGGCUUCUGGGAACGUGAUGAGGCAGCAGAAAAGCGAUUAUGUGCUUUAGUGAUCACCCACCCCCACCUUUCUUGGGUUGUGAGUGUGAGAGACUGGUGAGGGCAAGUGUGUAUGGUGCCUAGCGCGCUAACGUGUGUGUGCACGUGCCAUUCAACAAGGACUUUUCGCUCAGUCCAGUACUGUUUCCUGUGCUGACAUUGUGCGUCUAGUGCGUGUGUGACAGAACAAGAGAGCCAAGAAGUUUACUAGAGGCCCUUUUUUAUAUUACUAGGAUUUUUAAAGUUAUUUAUUUUGUCACGACGUUCUGGGAAAUGCUGCCUUCCUCGCUUGUUCUUGGUUGGAGAACGGUAUCGAUGGUCAUCAUAGGAAAAAAAAACUGGUUUCUCAUUAAAAACAAUAUGAACAUUACAAUGUCAGUCUAGCCAAGUACAGACCCGGGUAUGUGUUGGUGUCAUAACUUGGUGUAACUUGGCGGGAGUUACACUUAACUGUUAUCUCUUAGUUUCCCUAAAUAGUAUUGUCAUCCUGAAAUCCUGAUUGGAGCAUAAAUAAGAUGUGCUGCACCCCCCCCCCCCUUUUCAGUUAAGCGAUACUAACAAUUGAAUAACAAACUGAAUAAUAGUUGUCCACAUCUCGCUGGCUGCCGGACCUCAAGUAAAAUGUCUAAAGUUUCUUUGCGGCAGCCAGCCAGCAGAUGCCCUGUUCACAGUGCCGAGCGAACUGCAGCUCAGAUUCGUUUCAGGGCAGGGUUCAUGAGUUUGAGUGCUCGUAAUGGGUACACUGUGAUGUAAUGAACAGUAAUUCUCCAUGUGUUGGACGAUGCUAGUGAGAGUGGCUCAGAUUCUUAAAUUUCAAAUGCAUUUUGGUAUCCAAAUAUACUCAGAACAGACCAGAUGAGCAGGGACCGAGACGGAUCGCCUCUUGAGUUUUACUCUCGGCCCUAGUUACAUUCUCUUAGCCAUUAUGUGCUAUUUUAAAAGAUGUCCUACACAGCCUGUCUUCAAAAUGCCAAAUAUCCUGUAUGACUUCACUCUGGUAUUUCAGCACAAUGGAAGGGAUUUGGGCUUGCUUAGUUUUAAAUUUCUGUUUGCAUUUCACUUAAGGAUGUUUAAUAUAAAGAGGACAGUUGAAAGGUGCACAAUUAUGUAUUUUUUAAUCUAAUCACUUGGUUAUAUCUAAAUGAGUGGUCCUACUGACCGACUGUUAUUGAGUUUGCUAAAUAAAGGCGUCGAGUGAGCAGUUGUCAUGAAGGCGCCGGACCCCAGACUAACCAAAUCACGGGCUGUCCUGCACGUCUGAAGUGUUGGUGAUCAUCUUGUGCGGGUGGACUUCCUGGCCUUGUUUUGGCUUCCACAGGUCCUGUUGUCGUACCCUUUUUGCCUUGCUAUCUAAAGCAUGUAUGACGGUUCACUUUUAAAUGCCAAACAGGAGCUUUUGACAGACCGACACACAAGGUACAAUUCAGCGAGAAGUGAAAUGGAGUGUUUUCCGUUGGACCUCCUCUGACAGAAGGAAGUCUUUAGAGCAGAUGCUUGUGUUUAACUGUGAAAGAUGAAAAUAAAAUCGUCUUUAAUGUUUUGCACUA